CCGCCGCCGCCGCCGCCGCCGCCGCCGUCGUCGUCGUCGUCGUCGUCGUCGCCGUCGUCGCCCCGUCGUUAUUGUUUUCGUGGUGGUGCGAACGAGUAACAACAAUAACAAUAAAACCGGUGUCGCCUCUAAACGAGCCGUAGCCUAGUGCUGGCCUCCGCCCCGCCGUCGCCGCCGCCGCCGCAGCAGCAGCCGCAGCCGCCCUCCCGCCGGAAAGCCACAAAAAUAGGCUGGCCUAAUGUUAUGGGGUGUUUUGGAAGCGCCGCGGCCAAGACGGACCACGACGAUGCGAAAAAGGGCAAGGAGACGAACAAAAAGAUAAACCAGCAGCUGCAAAAGGACAAACAGGUGUACAGGGCCACACACAGAUUACUGUUGUUGGGAGCUGGAGAAUCUGGUAAAAGCACAAUUGUUAAACAAAUGCGAAUAUUGCACGUAAAUGGAUUUAGUGAAGAAGAAAAAAAACAAAAAAUUGAAGAUAUUAAAAAAAAUAUUAGAGAUGCCAUAUUGACAAUUACAGGUGCCAUGAGCACACUCACCCCACCAGUACAAUUAGAACACCCAGAAAAUCAGUUUAGAGUCGAUUACAUGCAAGAUGUUGCCUCCCAACAUAACUUUGAAUAUACGACGGAGUUUUAUGAACACACAGAAAUACUGUGGAAAGAUAGAGGUGUACAGUCUUGUUUUGACAGAUCUAAUGAAUAUCAACUCAUUGACUGUGCAAAAUAUUUUCUCGAUCAAGUACACAUUAUCAAGCAAUUAAAUUAUACCCCUUCGGAACAAGACAUACUUAGGUGCCGUGUUUUAACUUCUGGUAUAUUUGAAACACGAUUUCAAGUUGAAAAAGUUAAUUUUCAUAUGUUUGAUGUGGGAGGUCAAAGAGAUGAAAGGCGUAAAUGGAUACAGUGUUUUAAUGAUGUCACUGCCAUCAUAUUUGUGACUGCUUGUAGUAGUUACAAUAUGGUCCUAAGGGAGGAUCCCACUCAAAAUCGACUCCGUGAGUCAUUAGACUUGUUCAGAAGCAUAUGGAACAACAGAUGGUUGAGAACGAUAUCAGUAAUAUUGUUUCUGAAUAAACAAGACUUAUUAGCCGAAAAAAUCAAGGCUGGUAAAUCUCGGCUAGAAGAUUAUUUCGCCGAAUUCACCCGUUACCAAACGCCAAUGGAUGCUACUCCUGAUCCAGGAGAAGACCCUCCAGUUAUUCGCGCCAAAUAUUUCAUCCGAGAUGAGUUCCUUCGCAUCAGUACUGCCAGUGGCGAGGGUAAACACUACUGUUAUCCACAUUUCACCUGCGCUGUUGACACUGAGAACAUCAGACGUGUUUUCAAUGACUGUCGCGACAUCAUACAAAGGAUGCACCUGCGCCAGUACGAGUUGCUAUGAUCUCUCCCUUACCCACUCACAUAUACAUACACAGGUCUCUUCAUUAUUCUGCAGCAAUUUUGAAAUCACAGGUUAUCAAAUCCAAAAUCAUUUCAACAAACCUAAACAUUUCAGUAGUAUGUAAUUAAAAUUGAUUCCUUGUGGUGAGCGUUCUUUUACAAGCAGCCAAAUAAGGAUUUUGCAAAAAGAAUACAUAUCUAGAUAUUAGGACCUUUGAAGAUGUAUAGGUACCUAUGUUUGCCUAGUCACAAUUUUAGAUAAUUUAUUAGUAGAAGUAGUUAAAAAAAUUAACAAUUAAACUUAAAUCCUAUAAAAGUAUAUAACUUUUAAUUUAAUAUCUGUUUCAUUAUGUUGUUCAAUGUCUAGUACAAUGAAUAUUAUAAAAUAUAUUCACCAAUAAAUACA